UCCUGUUUGCGGCUCAAGGAAGCUGCCGUUGUCGCCGUUGUCCCGGGCUGCGGGCGUAGAGAGGUUGCGGCCGCGCUGCGGAGGCACCGGGGCGGACUUGAAAUACUCAGCUGUUGUUAACAAGACAACUACUGAAACAUGGUGGAUUAUUAUGAAGUUCUGGGAGUGCAAAAGCAUGCCUCAGCAGAAGAUAUUAAAAAAGCGUACCGUAAAUUGGCAUUAAAAUGGCACCCUGAUAAAAAUCCAGACGACAAAGAAGAGGCAGAACGACAAUUUAAACAAGUAGCUGAGGCCUAUGAAGUUUUGUCAGAUGCUAAAAAGCGGGACAUCUAUGACAGAUACGGAAAAGAAGGCUUGAUAAAUGGAGGUGGAGGUGGAAAUCAUCAUGAUAAUCCAUUUGAAUUUGGAUUUACAUUCCGUAACCCAGAAGAUGUCUUCAGGGAGUUUUUUGGUGGAAGGGACCCCUUUUCAUUUGACUUCUUUGAAGACCCCUUUGAGGAUUUCUUCGGGGGCAGGCGAGGUCCAAGGGGAAGCAGAAACAGAGGUGGUGGAUCAUUUUUCUCUGCCUUCGGUGGAUUCCCUGCUUUUGGAAGUGGUUUUUCUUCAUUUGACACAGGUCUUACUUCGUUUGGUUCAUUGGGACAUGGAGGCCUUACUUCGUUCUCCUCUACAUCAUUUGGUGGCAGUGGGAUGGGUAACUUCAAAUCAGUAUCAACUUCAACUAAAAUAGUUAAUGGCAGAAAAAUUACUACUAAGAGAAUUGUUGAGAAUGGACAAGAGAGAGUAGAAGUUGAAGAAGAUGGCCAGUUAAGGUCGCUAACAAUAAAUGGUGAGACAGAUGAAGAAGCCUUUGCUGAGGAGUGCAGACGGAGAGGACAAUACGCCCUGCCUUUCCAGGCAACCAACCCUCGCCUGCUGAAGCCUCACAAGCCUGCCAGCUCCCCCAAAUAUACCUAUCAUUAUAGUAGCGAUGAUGUGGAAGAACCAGAUAGAAGCCGGGUUACAAGCAGCUUGGAGACCCCUUUUUAUUUAUCAGGUGUGCAAAAGCAUGUUGAUGAGAAAUGCGCAGAAAAGAAUCCCUCAGCUAGUCGAAAGUCAAAAGCAAAAAGUCAAGCAAGAAGUUGUUGCUGUGUGUUGACUUAAUGUUAGCUCCCCAGUAGAUAAUAAAUCUACUUGUGUGUCUUCAUCCUGCAUUAGCUCUGCUCUUCAAUUUAGCCUAGAUUCACAAAUGCCCUGGGAUAUUCAAGGAUCCAGGGCAAGUAUUGUUACGCUGCUGAAGUGCCUAUGCUCUUUGUUCUUAAAAGUGAAGGCCUUUUAGAGAUUAACUAACCAUAAUAUUUUGCACAUUCAUUUAAUUAAAUUGUGCUUGGCUUCCUUGUUGAAGGAGAAGUUCAGCAACUUGAUAUUAUUUCUGGAAGCUGCAGUUUUAGGCACCUAAAUCCUAACAGAGAAGGCUGAAACCACUCAGGUGAACGCAGAAGCAUGGCGAUUGUCUUGGUUAUUUUUGGAAGUAAUUAGUCCUUUGAUACAUUUUCUACCUGUAAUAUUUCAGCAGUAUAGUCCAGAGGCUAUCUUGGACAACAAAGUCCUCAUAACUAGUUAAUUUGAACCUGUGGUAAAAGAUCAUCCAGGACUGCCAGGUCAGCUUUUUCUGAAACAUGAAAUGCGUUUCUACUUGGAUGCCCAAACCAAGGGCCCUUCUCAGUAGUGCUCAGUUAGGUGAAGUGCUGGGAAGUGCGAGCAUAUGAAGCUCCACAUGAAUAACAUGAGCUGUACCCCAAAACAUGCACUCACGUACUCCCACUGCUGAACCAGCUUCUGCUGCAUUUAUGAGCCUUUAAAUCUAACACUGUCUUCUGUAUAGAAGACCUAAAGAUAUCAUGUGGGAUGGUAGCUUGAAGAAACAGAAACAUUCAAAUUAAUAUCUUCCCAAUCAGCUGCGGGAAGUUUUGUAUCUUUAGGGAUGGCAGAGAUCAAUCUUUUAUUAAACAACAUAAAAAGAAAGUUUAAAAUUACUCUACAGAAGCCCAAAAGUAACCUCAGGGCUGGAGUUCUGAAAUCUCCCAUGCAAGGAUUACAGGGUUGAUCUCCUCUGUCUGUAGCCAGCAAAACAAAACCUCGGCUCUGCAUUUGGAGACUUGAGGUUCUCUGCAAUUCUAACAAUAGUUUGUAAUGGUUUCCAAAGAGCAUCUGAAUGUGACCCGCACCUUGCAAUUUGUGGAGCAUUUAUUAAGAUUGCUUAGGACUUCUUGCUGUGAAUCUAUUUAUGCUCUGAGAUUCACAAGUUUGAAUUUCCAGAAGUAUUUGUGCAAUCACAAAAUCCUCUCUUCCACCAGUAUGAUUGUGAGUUACCAUAAGAGAUUCAGGCUGAAAACUUGUUGGCAGUAAGACUCAGAUUUUACUGUUGCUUUAAAUAUUUUGCCUACUGUUCCUCUGAUGGACAGGGCUGCUGAAGGACUGGUCGAGUCAGUCAUAAAAACCUACGUGAGUGUCUUAAUCUCUCCCUGGGGAGUUUGUGCACGAGCCCUGGCCAAAUAUGCCGUUCUCCUUCAUGGGUGUUCACCUCUGCCGACUGCCUUGCCCGGCAAACAGCCUUCACCAGCACAGCUCUGUAAUUACACAGACCACUUACUUGCUCCUGCUUGGCUUCUCAUUGAGCACUGCAACAGCUGCCCUGCUUACAUGGGCCAGCGUUGGGCAAGAAUAGCAUCUUUUUCUGCUUUGGUCCAAAGCCUAAUCGAUUCAAUGCAAAAUAGUGAAGUUCCACCUCUAAUCAGACGGUUUUGCUGCCACUGGCGUGUGGCCCUUGGCAGCAAGGCUGUGUGGCAGCUUUAGAUGCUGGCCCAGUUAGGGCACCUGAAGCAAAUCCUCAGUCCUUAGUAGUUCACCAUCAGCAAAAUGCUUUUCUUUUCCCAGCUUAAAGAGUUGUAAUGUUUGAGUUUUAAUUUGUAAAUCUGUAGCAAAUUUAAAUGAAGGAAUUGAAGGGGAUAGGUUUCACUUUGACUGCACAGUGGGCAUCCCUCUAGAAGUGACCAUCUCUGUCCAGUUCCCAAGGAGAAAGGCUGAUCAACUUGUUUAGCCUGGCAACUGAUAUCCAGAGAUGAGAUGAUUCCUCUCCUUAGUCAGGUUUUCUAGUCAUUACAGUGGGUAUUUAAUAAAAAAAUAUAGAGUCUAAUGUGAUUCUCCAGCUAACAUUGACACUUUGUGUUUUGGUGGAAAUUACUCUGAGUUUCACACUGUUCCUGGUUUUGUAAUGGCCUUUUAGCCUCUUGUGCUCUGAAGUUGCUGCAUAUUUCAAACAGUUCUCUAGCUCCAAAGAAGUAAUUUUAAAAAAAGCGAGUUCAGCAGACACUGCAAGUAACGUGCUCCCUGAUGGUGUGAUGUAUGACUGCUGGUAUCUGGACUGUGUCAAAGUGGUGUCAAUGCCAGCAGGGACCUGGGGCUUGCAGCCAUUAGAGGUAUAGAAGUAGUGGUGCCUAUCCCUAAAAAACUGCUUCUCUGGAUCUGAGAGUUUUGGCCUUUAUCUAGCAAGAAAGGCUGGAGCUUUAAUUGUUAAAACACUGAAAAAUACAUGAUACAAAAGAUCAUUAUUUGGAAGAAAGUAUUGCAAGAUUUGCUCUUCCUUUUGAAUGAAACAGCUUGCAUUAACCUGAAACUUUUCCAGCAUCAAAUUUUGCUGCAUUUUCAUCUGCUGGCAUCCCUGAAAACACUUUAAAAUAACUAGCUUAACUAAUCUUGAUCCUUUCCUGGCAUGGAUUCUUCUGCUGGAAAGUUGAACUAUUGGUACUUUAUUUCAUCUUCAAUGUAGUCUUCGUUCGUUUUAUGGUUUUCUGAAUUGCACUUUACUAACUAGGAAAAUCAAUGUGCUUCGUUAUCCAAACUAAUUACCAUUCCCUCACCUACUUGUAUUUGGGCAUGUAAUGGAAAGAGAAAGGAGAGCUAAGCCUUCGUUUUCUGUGGAAAUCUAAUACAUGAGGAAUGCUGGAGGUGCAGAGAUGAGAGGGAGUUCAUUCUCCCUUUGCUCCACAUCCUCUGGCUGUAACUGCAUGAGAGUGGGACCAGGUAACAACUGCACUCUUCUGCAGGCAGAGAGUGAGAAGAUUGGCUGGUGGAUUUGGAGGCUGGCUGGUUGCUCCCUGGCUAAGUCACAGCUGCCUUCACACAUGUUUUUUUGGCUGCUAGUACGAGAGCGUCCCGUUACCUAUUUGCUUCCCAUAGAAUGUGGCUGGGGUGCAUGUGGAAGGGAUUCUGAGACUGCAUAGCCUUGCAAUUUUUUGCUUGCCAGGCAGAAGUAAACCCUUGGACUCUGUUCGGUAAUAGCAUUACUUUAAUUAAUAGCAGGCAAGCAGGUUGUAUCUUGGCUUGGUAUGUUCUUAUAGCAAUUCUAGGCAGAAUUGGUAAUGAAAGUAGUAUGGUGAGCAAGCACAAAGGAAGGCUCCAGUAAGCUGCUGAAGAUUCAGUCCCCUAAAACAUCAAAGUUGGGAUUACAUCACUGGGUUGGCCAGUGAAACUGGAGAACUCGCCCCUUGGAUUUAACACUGGGGAUAAUUAAAUAGUGGAGCAGCAUACCUAGAUGGGGUGGGAUGUUUUUGUCACCUCAGGUCUUUGUGUAAAGGCAGAUUCUCUCUCCACCAUGCUCAGUGGACAUGGUGAGAGAAUUAGUAGGUCAAAUCAUGGUGUGUGUUGGGCAGGGGCUUGGCCUGAAAGGAGGGAAUGUGAAAGUGUAGUGUAAAGCUGUUAUUGUAAAUUGGGUCAUACGCAUGAAACCAUACUGAAGCUGUGAUCUGGGCCCAAUUUUUAUAGUGGCAUAUGCAAGUGUGGCCAGUCUAAAUUAACUGAUGGUGGCUGCAACUCAGAACUAAGCUAGCUACCUUUACAAUAGCAGUUUAUUAUAGAGAGAUAUUUGUAAGAGCAGAUUUGAAAGUGCAUGACAGAACCCAACUUGCAUGUGCCUUGCUGCCCUGCCAAAGCUCUGUGUGCGUGUUGGAGCUGUGGCUGCUUUCAUGGCUUGAAGCAGGAAAACAGAACGGCAGCAGUCUUAGCAAAAAGUUGGUAGAUCUUGACAACUGUUUUCUCUGGGACUUGAGCAGAAAGCAUGAAUCCCUCCCACCCACAGCCUCCGUGUUUCAGAGCCUGAAAGUGGAAGGAGACUCCUCCAAUUUUCUUUACCUUUGCAGGAGAUCUUCUGUAAAAAUCAGGCCACAGCCUUGAUUACUGACUGCUGUGGGUCAAGAAGCAGCAAUGCUGUGUGUUAAUCACCAGUUGUGACUGAACACCUUGUUUCCUUCUGCCGAUUCCUCUGCUCUCAUGUGCUAGAUGAAGAAAGGUGGAGCAGGCCUGUGGCUGCUCUCUGUAUCAUGGUGGAGCAGGCAGACACCAGGCAGGGCAGGAAGAAGUAGGAUACCACAAAUGGAUUGGGUAGGGAUAUUUUCUCCAGGACACUUGUCCCUUUGGAUCAAUUACUCAAUGUGCACACUUCCCUUGCUGUUCCCACACAAGAAUUUCAUAGUUGGUGACCUGUGACUUUGGGAGGUGCAGAUUGCAGAGAGGUAGAAAGCCAGGAAUCAAUCUGGGACACAGCAGAGAGACUUCCCGAUUUGUUUUGGUCCUUGUUGAAUUGUCAAAGAAGUUGCUACUAAGCGUUGCUGGAAGUUGAUUUCAGCCUUUAGCAGCUUUAUGAAAGCUGGAAUAGCUUUUGUGUUCUUGAUGGUUCUUCUGGAAGCAGAAGAAAAGCUGAAAUGGAAAGAGUGGGUCAGUAGAUGCUGUUUGUUUUAGACAAGAAAUAUCCAGGUUGUAAACUAGGUGUUAUUUCAAAUGGUAUGGAGUCUUGCUUCAACUAUCUCUGCUUCUGGCAGCUGACAAAAGCAAGAACAUACCAAGUUGGGAUGAUAGCUGUGCACCUUUGAAUGAAUCUGUUUUCCAAAUAUCAAAGUGUGGGGAAGCUCUCAGCAAGCUGUUCUCCCUCCACCCUGUAAUCCGUUUCUAGAGUUUAGAUGGCUAACAAUUGCUUCUGAGGGUGUAAAUUUGCAAAGCCCUUCUCCAAGGUCAGAACUGUUUGGCUGAAGAGCUGGUUCAGCCAGGCACUAACUGUGGGAAGUUUCUGUGAUUGCUUCAUGAUGCUGGGGACUCACCAGGACGCAGGUUCACUGCAAAUUAAUCAAGUAGUAAUGGGGCUGCUGAUUUCUAAUUCAGACUUGUGACUUUGGGGCUAGUCUUGUAACCAAGACAGCUACAUAUGCUUUUAAUUAGUGCUGGUUGAAAUACUGAGGUUGAAAUAUUAGUGUGCAUUUUUUCUUUUUGUUGAGAGUUGCUUCCCUUGUUUGGAUCAGGUUUGUGGCUGUUAUCACCCAGCAUAGCAUCACUGGAGCUAACAGACUGGCAAAGUUUGACCUAUCCUUUCUUCUUAGGUGGGAGUAGAAAAGGAAAUGGUCGAGAGUGAAAUUAUUUAUCACAGCAGGCUCAAAACAGAAAAGACCUGGCAGCUUUCUCUUGAGGAUUACUCUGUAUUUGUGCAUUAUCUCACUCUUUGGCCAAUCUGUUUCUGUGUGUCAGUGAUAACACUUGAAAGAUUUUCACUUUUCACCCUUGUCAUUCUGGAGGCUGGUAGGAGACUGUGUUGUCAAAUGCCUAAAUAUCUUCAUAUCCCAUUAUUUCAACGUUUGAGUUGUUUCAUUUAUAAGACAAUGAAUAUGUGACAUUCGUUUCAGGUCACAAUUUACAUUGACUCACAGAAUUUUUAAUGAAGAGUUACUAGAAUUGCUUUCAAAAUCUCGAACAUUUGAAGAAAAUGGACCGUUGCCAAAAGGGAAAAAAAAGAGAUACUAUGAUAUAAAAUAGCAGUACCAAAUGCAGUCAUGCCUGGAUGUGGAAGCCUUUUGGAAAUACUGACAGUGUUUUGAGAAUGAAAAAUGAGAAAAUUAUGAAGCUAGUAACCUGUUAGAGUUUAAUGAUCCUUUUCCAAAUAUCUGUGUUAAUGUUUCAUAGUUAUUGCAUGAACUAGUUUUGAUCAGCUGAUAUGAUGCUGUUUUUCCCUCCAGUAAAGGGAAGAAUCCUUUGAAUAACACCCCUCAGAUGACUGAUUCUCAAGAGUCAGCACGUCUCUUCUGCCUCCAUGGGGAAGCAAAGGGGUGCUUUGAGCAUUCACACAGUGCCCCCAGGAACAGGAUUGUAGCUCAGGAGGGUGACAGGGUCCACAAAACACAGUGUCAGCUGCAAUUCUGCAAAGCGCUGCCAGUUUUUCUCUUCCCUAAACAAUAAAACUGGUUUCAACUCUAACUUUGCACAGGUUAAUCACUCAUGGCAGAAUUUCUAAAUAAAUAUCCUGCUUCUUGACUCAGAUGAUUGCAAAAGAUGAAGUCAUGCUGUUGAUACAGCAUAGGAGCUAGACUGAUAACCUGGGAGCAGUUUCCCUUUGCUACAAGGGAGUGCAUUUCCUCUAAUGCAUGAGCUUUUGGUAACGUUUCAAGUGAAUUUAGCCCAAAGACUGCAUUGUGGUUCUUGCCAAGCGUUAAACCAAAGAACUGCAGUUCUGCUGUGGGCACGAUUCUAAUAGCACUUGGGAGGACCUCUGCUUAGAAGCAGACCCCAGCCACAGCAUUGCUUCAUAUUCCUCUGACCUCCCACGGCUUGCUUUUCCCAUCCUAAUUUUGAUGUUGGUGCUACAUUGAUGGAGGUGAUGUGGCCUCCUCAGGGUCAUCUCUACCUGCCUGCAGACAGAAUGAAGGAAAGAAAGGGUUUUCCAGACAAGCAGAGCUGUGUCCUCCCUGGACCAUUCCUCCAGUCCCCAGCCCUGCCUGUCAGCUCCUCUGCUCCAUACAACCCUACCAUUCUAUGAUUCUAUGCUGGCCCCACUCACUGGACUAUGCUGAUUCCCAGUGCCAGAGCACCACUGAGCUAAAGAUCCCCCCAGCUAUCUCAAAGCAUCACAGAGCGAUUACCUGAAGGAAAUGUUUGCUAGUUUGAGUUUAGGUUUAUAAGUGCACUUGGUUCUGCACAGUUGCACUGUUCAUGCAAGUCUGCUAGCAAGUUUCAUUUUACUGCAAGUUUGGAGGAGAGGGAGUCUUGCAGAGCAAGAACUAUUUUUCACGCAUCUUAGUGGGGGAAAAACACCCACAUUGGGAUGAUGAUCACACGGCCGGAAGCUUGUGCCUACCGAACCUGUAGCAAGUAAUUGUUGCUUGAGCUUAAUGCUUUCAUGCACCAUUGGAGCUGCAGUAGAAUAUAACCUAUGGUGCAUAGUUAAGUAGGGCAGUCUGAUGGCCUGCAUAUAAAAUACAUACCGGUAAGCACUGAACACCUUUAUAUUUACUCAGGAUUCUUUGCAUUCCCCUAGUCUUAAAAUGGAAAUGCAAAUAUUGUGGUAACUCUGACUACUGUGAGCAGGAAAUGCCAGUACUUAAAUAGCUCCAGCUGUAUGUCUUAUUUAUUGUUUCUGGUUUGAAAAUCAUUCUGGUUUUGCAUGUGCUCUAGUUCUGAAUGGCUUUGAAGCCUUUUGAAAGUUCUCCAGAUCUUUUCAGACUUCAAAGAUUGAUAGUGUUUUCUUUCUAUGUAAGGGAUAUGGUAGAAACUGGGGAUAUAGUAGAACUGAUCAUUUAAAAAACUACAUUAGAAAGCCAGACCUUUUCUUUAAGAUUCCUUAAACCAUUCAGAGAAUGUCUGUUUUUGCUGGAGGGGAAAGUCCGUGAUUGCUGUGAAUAGUGUUUUACAAGCCAUGUUU